AUGCUCUUAUUGGUGGCGGUGGCCACACCCGGCCGGUGGGCGUCACACGACUCCCAUUGGCCGGCCGAGGGAGAGAAGUUUUUUUUUGCUCCGCCAGCGCUCCCCACCACGCACCGGCCGGCGGACGCCCCCCUCCACGUGGGCUCUGCCGCAGCGCGACCGCGAUGUGACACGGCUGAGAUGGCGUCGACGACGGUGAUGGUGCGGGACGCCGCGUCGGUCCACAGCGACGACGACGACGCCGACUCGCUGCUGAGCGUGGGCAGCGAGUCGCUGCCGCCGCCGCCUGUAGCCGCCGCCGCCGCCGCCGAAUGCAAGACCUGCUCGGCGUCGGCGUGCUCGCCGUCGGCGCCGGCGUCGUCGGGCCCGGCGGCGCCGCUCAGCUUCAGCAUCGAGAAUAUCCUGCGGCCGGAGUUUGGAAAGCGGGCCUCCGUGACGGCCGCCAAAGCGCCGCAGCGGCCGCCGCAGCCGCAGCCGCAGCAGCCCACCGCCGCCACCGCCCCCGGUGCCACCCCCGGCGCCGCCCCCAGCGCCGCCGCGCCCGUCGAUCUGUCGCCGGUCGGCGUCUCCGCGUCGUCGCCUCCCAUGCUGUGGCCCGCGUGGGUGUACUGCACGCGAUACUCGGACCGCCCGUCGUCCGGAAGAAGUCCGCGGUCGCGCCGACUGAAGCGCAACAAGAAGCCGGAGGAGAAGCGGCCGCGCACGGCGUUCAGCGGCGAGCAGCUGGCGCGGCUGAAGCACGAGUUCACCGAGAACAGAUACCUGACUGAGCGCCGCCGCCAGGAGCUGGCCAGGGAGCUGGGCCUCAACGAGGCGCAGAUCAAGAUCUGGUUCCAGAACAAGCGAGCCAAGAUCAAGAAGGCCAGCGGACAGAAGAACCCGCUGGCGCUGCAGCUGAUGGCGCAGGGCCUCUACAACCACAGCACCGUGCCCAUGACGCGCGAGGAGGAAGAGCAGGCCAUCGCCUCCGACAAGUGAAUCGCUGCGCCUCUCUUCGUUCACUAAUCUUACGGAAUUUCGCUGCCGCGACUACUGGGUGCACACUGCACAAAAUGAAAUUCGGCAAGCGAAUAGUGAGUGCUCGCGCCUACGGUUCCAUUGUGUGCACUGACGGAUAAUUUGGCCAGUUCCUUACCAGGACUUCUUAGCGCUCGAACUGAAGUGAGCUCUUCGUUGCUAUUCAAUGGACAGAAGAAAUGAACUCGAAUUUUUCAGAUAGGUUUCUGAUGAAGUGCCACGGGUACCAGAUUUCUUUCAAAAGACAUUCUAAGUGUAUUAAGGAAAGAAACAACAGUAGAGGCUGGAAAUUGUAAAGAAUGUGGCAGACUGCUCUAGCAACUGAAUAAUACCUUUUGUGUUCAGUGGUGAAGGAAUGCAUGUAAGAAAUUCUGUCUACAACAUAUCAGUUUACAGUGUAGCAGACUGCUUAAAAUGACACUAGAAUCCACAACCGACUAAUGACGUGUCGGUGUCACUAAAGUGUGGAAAACAAAUGUAGACAUUUUGAAACUAUGUACCUCACUGUGAAAUCAGUGGCUGAAGUUUUUAAGGGACAGGAGUUUCCUGGAUCGACCGCAAGUCUUUCUUGGCAAUCGCCACCUGAAUUCUGCCAACCUUUAAACUGAAAGUUGUACGCAGUCGACUGUAUUAUGUGUAGAGGAGCAACCUCGCAUUGUGUUUUAUCUGUGUCUCUUAACUGACAGAAUGACUGUGCAAUAAUUUAGUACCCAUUUUUUUUCACAUAACAAUGAGCAUUUCCUCCAGACGAUCUACCGACAUUAGUUUUAUACAUGUAUCAGUCAACUGCGAACAGCAAGUGUAAAACAAGUAUUUAAUCGGAUGUAGAACCAAAGGAGCUUUUAAACAUCCUGCAAAUAAGCUAAAGCACAAACAAAUUGUUUUAAACAAAAUAUGCGUGUGUACAAAUGUGUAACAAUGUAAAUGUGACUGAUUUUUCAUUAUUAUUAUUAUUAUUUUAUUAUUAUUUGCAGAUGAUGAUAGAUCUAUAUCGAUUCAAACGUGUUGAAAGUAUAUAUUUAUACUGUAGGAUCAGAUCAAACAUAUGGUGCAACAUUUACUACUUAUAUCUUUGAACCAAAUAUGGCGUCACAUCAAGGCCUUGUACAUUUUCCAGUACAUAACAAUUUUUUUCUCACUCGAGAACUCUUGUUAGCAAGAUAAUGCUCAAUAAGAAAGUUAUUAGUCUUAUUCAUCAUUGCUUAGAAAUGUCGCUUGAGGAAUUGUAUAAGUGUUUUUUGCUUUUAUUUUCUCUCUGUUAAGAAGCAGCAGAGGAACCCGUUACCAUAUAUCUUCUUUUAUUGAUUCUACUGAGAAACUUGAACAUUUUCACAUUGCAGUAGUGAACUUUUUUUGAAUAAUUCAUUUCGGUUGCCCAGUUGUACUCUGAAAGAGAAAGAUAUAGCAAUAACUUUUUACUUCGGAUGUGCGAUAAUUAAAUAAAUAAUUAAUUGUGCAGUCUGCCAAGUUUAACGUCUUAUUUAUCAUGGAAAUAAGAAGAUAUUACACCAAAGUCUGAUUAAUUUAUUGUCCAUGUGUUAGAAGUAACUGGAAAGCAUUGCUUGAUUUGAUGACUGCCAGAUACUGUUAGCAAGAUGACGUACUUCCACAGCUGUCUCUCUCUUCAGUAACAAAAAUUGAAAAAACUGAGAAUAUUUAGUGUAUAAGGAAGACAAAAAUGUACAUAUAAUUCAGAAAUGCUCUAUACUCGUUUAAACGUGUAGAAUGUACAGAAAAUAUCUAGAUAUAAUUUAAUACGAUAUAAAAUGUAUAUACAUUGUACCUACAUAUUCCUACAUGUUCUCUUGUAGCAUUGGUAGAGACUAAUUACUGCAUGCAUGAGACAAGAUUUCUUGCUGAAAACAGCAAUUCCAAUAAGCGAAUUAUGCCCAUUUGAUUGUGACUGUAAAAAGUAGUGAAUGGUAACAUUAAAAUAACUGCAGUAUUUUUCCUCAUUUUCAUGCAAAGAUAUGUACUUAAAAUAUUUAUU